GGAGAGCCGAGAAGCACGUAUCGACCGGUCGCAUCUGCAGAGAACGGAGUCUAUUCUCGUCCAGUUUGGCACAGCCGCAUCGUCCCCGUGAUAGAGCGCGUUCUCUGAAGAAAAGAGCUCAGGCUGAAGAGUCUACGAGAAGUCUCGGUGAGCAUCAGCUGAAAUCACUCUGGCAUCGACUGGUCGAGCGCCUACAUCGAUACGUACGUCGUUCGGAGUCUCCGGCGAAUAGGAGCGGGAGGAAGAGAAAUCGGGAUAGAGAAGGAGCACGAGAGCGAUCGCAACAGCGAUCUCGACUCAAAUUCCAAAAUCUCGGAGCACGAAGGCGGUUGGUGAGGCCGGAGCGAGGUGCCGCUAUUACUAUGUAAAUUUUCAGCGGGUGUAUUUGUUUGCGCCCGCGCACUGUUCGACAAGGAACAACGGCGUUAAGUAGCAACGGCAGCGAGCAUCGCCGUCGACAGUAGCAAGAGAAACGGGCACGAGCGAAAGGGAAUCGCGCGGCACGCCGCGAGAUAGAGACCCGGCCUUCUCUCUGACCGAUCCCAAGGAAGCCCGCAAACUGGCUCCGGAAGUGAGGAUCAAGCAAAUUGGAAUGAGGGAGGACUUGCUAUCUAUAAUACGGCACACGAGCAGCGAUCACUUCUCGGAAGAGCUUUAGCCGGGAGCUUAACCAGGAAGUGGAGACGCGAGAAGCGGAACCCAGGCCAGACUGGAGUAAUUCGCGGGUAGAGUAGAGGCGACUCUCGCUUAUCGGCGGUUUCUUUUUAUUUGGAGCGGCUGGCUCCACGUCGGGCUUCCUUUUGCUCCGAGGAUCCUCGGUCCCUUAUUUCUUAAUCGAUUACGGCGUCGUUAAAAGAGAGAGAAACCGAGACGGAGAGGGAGAGCCGAAUAAUACUCGGGAAACCGGCUGUUCUCCGUAGCACGGGUCUCUCGGUUAUGCCCUGGGUCGCCGCAUGUUUUGAUCUACUGGCGGCUCCGUUACUGGGUUACUGUCUCACGAUCAGGAAACUGGCCCUACAAGCCGGUCUGCUGCAGGAGAAAAAAAGCGAUCUCGCCUUAAGGCAGGCGUCUAACACGGAAAUACCCUUGAACGCCGACACCGUCAUGGCCCCGAAUGCGGAAGAGCGUCAAGAUUCCGGCAAAGAGAAGGUUGCAGCAAGAAUCUCAGGACCAGUGAAAUCAUCGCGGAAAUUUGCGGGAGUUGUUAUAGCCACGUGCGGUUUGCCGGCUCGUGGAAAAAGCCAAAUCGGGCAGAGUCUUGCUCGUAGACUCAUUUGGAAUGGCGUAACUACAAAAGUGUUCCGCGUGAGUGAUUAUCGAAGGAAGCGAUUCGAUCCCCACCUGUCACACGAAUUUUUCCGGGCGGAUAAUGCGGCAAACAGCUCGUUAAUAGCUCUCUCUCAGAGAGAUGCCAUGCAAGAUUGCGCUGCGUGGCUCACAUCUGGAAAUACUGUAGCGAUCUUGGACGCUAUGCUGAUCACACGAGCGCAACGCACGGAAGUCUACGAUUACUUCUCUGGUCAGCUUGGUUAUCGCGUUCUUUUCAUCGAAUGUGUCUGCGACGACUCAGAGGUCCUCGAGUACAAUCAACAAGAAAUCGUGGAACAUUGCGCUGACUACACAGGGAUAGACGCCGCUUCGGCCGCGGAAGAUCUGCGCUCAAAAAUCGCUUUUUACGCCGGACUGUACGAACCUAUGAACGAUGGAACUUAUCCCAGGAUCAAGAUCGACACUGCUACCAUGGAUAUCGAGACCUGCAAAGUAUCCGGUCAUAUUGAAACCAGCGUGCUUGGAUAUCUUGGAGACGUCAGCCUCAAACCUCAUACCCUUUAUUUCUCGAGGCACGGCGAAAGCGAGUACAACGUGGUCGGUAAAAUUGGCGGCGACACGGUGCUGAGCGCCAGAGGUGAACGCUAUGCUCAAGCGUUAUCAAACAAGUUCAACGCCAUGCGUAUUCCGGAUCUUCGGGUUCUCACCAGCCGUCUCCGUAGAACGAUCGCAACGGCGCGUGGUAUCGAAGCCCCUCAAGAACACAUAGCCGCUUUGAAUGAACUUCACGCGGGGGUGUGUGAGGGCCUAUCUUACGAGGAAAUGCAGGAGCAUUAUCCGCAGGAGUUUGCUUGGCGCGAUCAGGAUAAAUUGCGUUAUCGUUAUCCGUGGGGCGAGAGUUACAUCGACGCGAUGCAGCGCGUCGACCCGGUGAUCGCUGAGCUGCAGCGUUCCAACAACGUUCUCGUGGUGUCGCAUCAAGCGAUAUUGCGCUGCAUCAUUGGAUUCUUCCUUGAUAAGAAGCCUGAAGAGCUGCCCUACAUGGACGUGCCGUUGCACACGAUAAUCCGCAUCAACAGCCAGGGCUACAAUUACAAGCUCGAGUUCUUCAAGCUGCCGAUCGAGUGCGUAAACACGACUCGUGUCAAACCGACGAACUGCAGCGCAGAUCGUACUGCUGCCGAUGCUCUGCUCACCGUUCCCGCGCACUUCGAUAGACCGGAUCCCUGGAGAAACCCCGUUAACGGGCCCACGCUCGUGCAACAGCACUAGGAGAAUCACGGGCGCCUGUUUUAAAAGCGACGUAAAUCAAAAUUUUAAACAUGACGAGUUUGAUCCCUGAAGAGAACCAAGUACAAAGCAAUCGGUAUACGACUUUACGUAUCGGAACAUUUUACAAUUCGCAAAAGGUAAUGAGAUAUGAAUCAGAUAACAUUAUCAAUUUACACAAAUCUUAUUUAUGAUAUAUUUUUUAAUUAACGAUUAAUACGAUCUUCAAAAGUUGAUUUAUGUCACAAUUGAAGCAAGGGGUUCUUCGCUUACACCAAUUAGCUGUGUACUCGCGGCGCUAUUCAAGAUUAUUUACUUACUUGUUUGUAAUUUUCAAGUUUACUAUUAUUAUGAAAGAAAAUUAGACCGCUGUCUUAUUAUUAGUACUCGGUAUAAUAGCAGCAGACGAUUUUGUUCAUCUUUACACGUAGCAUCUCGCAAAGGCAUGAUGCGUCCACUUAAUUUACUUGCAAUCAAAAUGUGGAUGCAACAGAUGCAAAAGGUAUUUGUUCUGAUUUCAAAAGUCCUCUCGUAAUAGAGAAACGCACAGUUUUUAUAGCAUAAAUGUCUUUGAUACUUAGUCGACAAUGUUAUGUAUACGUCCGAACCGACGUUGACAAUAGGUCUACAAUAUCCCAGUAGGAUACCGAUAAUAUACGUCUUUUUGAUAGCAAUUGGAAGCCCAUGACCCGAGUCCUCUCGCAGGACUCAUAGUUUUGUCGAUAGUUUAUAGCCUUGUUUGAUUCCUAGUAGCUCAUGUCAUAGAUCGAGAUAUACUACCCGUUAUGCUACUUGUAAGAAUACGCCCAGAUUUAUAUAUAAAAUGGACGGGAACUUGAUGUUAAAAAUUGUUUGUGAUAGAGAAAUAGUAGCGCGUAGACACUGACAAUAUAGUUGACGCGCGUGCAAAACCGUAUCUUUUUGUACUUCAGCAUUUUUCAAAUUUCUUCUUUUCUCAAAAUAUUGUUACGAAACUUUUAUUCCGUACUGUGAGCGUUUUUACCGAAUUGGUCAAUCUCUUUUAUCGUUACAUUUUAUCGCUUGAGAAUUUAUUACGAUUGUAUCGGAAGAAGUUAAAAAUAACGGACACGUUCAGAUAUAUACGCAUUAACAAAUAGUAUAAAUUGAUAACUAGCAUAUAUUGAUUUUGAGACAUUACGCCUUAAUUAUCCGGCCUUUUAUAUGAUACGACCAAAUAGUAAAAAAAAUUAUCUUAUAUAGUCUCUGAGACCGGAUACUUUAAGAUCUUACAUAUAUUUUUAUAAAAGAUAGAUAUUAGAUGUAAUUGUAGUUACUUUCUUUACAGCGAUUAAUUCAUUUUGUAUUUCGACCAGCAAUGCAAUAUGUUUAUCAUUACUCGUAAUUCCAAAUGAUUUAUAUUAUUAUUAAAUUAUUAACCAAUAUAUUAUAUUUUCCACGAAAAUAAAUUAGAAAAAACUGCAACGAAGUGGAUGAUCGAAAAAGAAUCUUAAUACUGAAAUCGCUUAUCAUGAUUAGAGACAGAAACUAGAUUAUUAGUUAAUUAUUAGUUAAAGCCAUUAUGAAUUAUGAAUUAUUUCGAUAAAUUUUUUGCGAAAUACGUACUGUGUAUUGUUGCGAUUAUCAUAUACAAUGAAUUAAACGUACAGUUGAUAAUUUUAUCUUUACUACUGAAUCUUUUUAUCGAAACGAAUUUUUCUGUGGCAUAUAUAUAUAUAUAUGUAAAUCACGUCUGUUUAAAUUCAGUACAUUAUUUUAGAAACUUGUUUAAGUGUAUAUUUUUAGCACAUAUGUAAAUGCAACAGAAAACAGAAAAGCGGACAUUUAACAAUACGUGCAUUUUGAAUUUAAAUCAACGGUUAUGUUAAAGUCUUGAAAUAGAAUUCAAAGUCCUGCAUUGAGUUUGCUAUAAAAUUCUAUAUAAUUAAAACAUUACUCCGGUUAAACAAGGAAAACUUAAUGGAAUAACGUACACAAAUUAAUCCUUACACACCGUUAUAUUUUGCUAGGAUAGUUUAUUGCAUAAACACGCAUAAUAUUUGUUUAGUCGUGUCCUUGAGGAUUCAACACGAUGCUAAUUGUAAGCUACGAAUCUAACAUUCGCGCUUCCGAGGAUUAGUUUGAUAAUUUAUUAACUUUAGGGAAAAUAAUUUAUGUUUACUGUAUACGUCUUCCUUUUGAGUAACAAAUCGAUGUGUAGUUGAUCUUCCGAUGUUUUGACUGCACAUUUCGUGACAUUGCACACUCGAACACCGCGAGGGGUGAAUUAUAAUUAGUAAUAUAUAUAUAUUAUAUGAUUAAGAUAUAUUAUUCGUAGUUCGUAAACUUUAGAAUUUUUUAUUUGUACACUCUGAAUAAAGUUUUUUUACAAAA